AUGGGCGACAGGGGAGUGGGUUCGGAAGACGGAUUCCGAGCGUAUCGGAGCCUGCUGGCCUUGGUUCUUCGGCCGGAGACGCGGAUGGACCGAAUCGACGAUUACCUGGUUGGCAAGACCGGGCAGCUGCCGGCAGCGGAGAGCUCCGAAGAAGACUCGUCGUCGGAGGAUGAGGGAGAGGAGAAGACACUCGCCGAGCUGCUCGAAGCCGUCGUCACCUUCCCGGCCACCAGCCUCGGCGUGCUCCAGGGCCUCCUGCCCAGCCGGCCCUACUCCCUCCUCACCCUCUUCGCCCUCCACGGCGACCGCUGCCUCAUCUACGCUCUCUCCUCGCUCACCCCCGCCAGCCUCGUCGACUUCGACUGGCGCCUCUUCAAUGCCCUCUCGCCAGAGGCAAAGCUCAUCCUCAAAUCGAUCAGAGCCGACCGGAGGCUGAGGAGACCCCUACGGAUCCCCCGAGAUAUCCAACGCAGGAUACAAGAGAUCAAGCAGAACCGAGUCGCCCAGCAAAGGCAGAAGCGAUCCCGAACAGACUCGCCGGAGCCCGCCGGACGGAAUGGCCAGCAGGCGACGGCUAAGACAGGCGUCUGGAUGGGCAACUAUUUCGUGGAAGACUAUGAAGACCAGGCCGCAGACCAAGACCCAAGCGCGCGGCCGUCGGGGACGACAACAAACAGCAACCGGAGCCGGAGCCAGGCCGGGCCGUGCUCAUCCAACCCCCCACAAAACGUGAAGCCGAGGGCCGUCGAUCACAAGAGAGCAAAGCUCGCCAGCCUGGCAGCCGCUCCCCGCCAACGAGCCACUACUACCCCCUCCCCUCCACCCCCACCACCACCCCCACCGCCCCCGUUACCUCUGCCCGCUGGGCCCCAGGCACUUCCUGGGGGAGACACCAAUUCGCCCUUCGUUUGCGUUCAAGUCUCUGGCUUACCGCUCGAGGCUAGCCCGGAAAGCAUCCUCUUCUUCUUCCAACACGGCGCGGACAUCUUCAAGGUUGCGAGGAAGCAUGAGCAACGGAUCAAUGCGCUGGGCCGGGCCCUACACAAGUUCAAGCCGAACGUCAUCCAUGCGUACCGAGCCAAGGGAAGCAGCGGAAAGGGCGGAGAGGUGCGCCGGUUCGAAGUAAAGGGGGCGGACAUCACGAUGGUCGAGACGUCGGGGCCGGGCGGCGCGCAAGCUGAGACCCGCUCGGUGAUCGUCCGCUUCCGUCGCAACUCCUCAUCUCCCUUAGACGACCAACAGCAAACCGCCUGGAAAGCGUUCAUUGAAGAAUUCAACCGCAAGAAAUACUUCCCUUACGAUCCGCUAUGCCCCCCCCUCUCUUGUCGUCUGCUACCUUCUUCCUAG